ACGAGGGAUAAUUCUUUUAUGGUUAACAGUCAUGAUUCCAACAUCAAAGCCUAAUCCUUGCAAUCAAUCAACCCAAAGCUGCAGAUCGCCAACAGCAGCUCAAUUGGCUCAUCUAUUCUCCUCAUUUGCUCUGAUUUCAAUUGGAGCUGGUGGCGUUUGGUCAUGCUCCAUAGCAUUUGGGGCUGAUCAAUUGGAAAGUAGAGAUAACUCAAAACAUCAAGUGGUCUUAGAGACCUUCUUUGAUCAUGUUGGAUGGAGAGUGGGUUUUAGAAUGCCAGCCACCCUAAUAUUCCUCUCUGUUAUUAUGUUUUUCAUUGCUUCUCCCCUGUAUCUCAAGAAGAAACCAAAGAAAAGCUUGUUUACUGGCUUUGCCCAAGUGAUUGUGGUCGCUUAUAGAAACAGAAACCUUUCGUUUCCCUUUCCAAACUCAAGUGAGCGUUACCAUCACGGGAAGGAUUCAGAAAUUGUUGUGCCAAGGGACAAGUUAAGAUUUUCGAAUAAAGCUUGCAUUACUAGAAAUUCUGAACAAGACAUAGCCCCUGAUGGCUCAACUGUCAAUCUGUGGAGACUUUGCACAAUAGAGCAAGUAGAAGAGCUUAAAGCACUAAUAAAGGUCUUACCAUUGUUGAGUACAGGGAUCAUGCUAUCAAUAAAUGUGAACCAAACCAGGUUCAUCUUGAUCCAAGCUAGCUCCCUGGACAGGCAGAUUUCUCAAAACUUUGAAAUUCUGCCAGCUUCUUUUGCUACCUUCGGUCAUAUUGUAAUGGUGAUAUGGGUUAUUCUAUAUGACCGCAUGAUUCUCCCCUUGGCCUCAAAGAUCAAGGGUAAACCAGUGCAGCUUGGUGUUAAACUUAGGAUGGGAAUUGGGCUAUUACUUUCGUGCAUGGCAGUGGUAGUUUCAGCAAUUGUUGAGAUGAUUAGACGAGGGAACACUAUCCAAGAAGGCAACUCAAGCGAUGAUAGUGCAAUGUCAUGCAUGCCUGCAACGUGGCUUGUGCCACAAUAUUGUUUACUCGGCUUAGCUGAAGCUUUUACUGCAAUAGGGCAAACAGAGUUCUUUUAUACUGAGCUCCCAAAAAGCAUGUCAAGUAUUGCCGCUGCUAUGUUUGGGCUAGGAAUGGCAGUGUCCAAUUCGCUAUCCAGUAUUGUAAUUUCAUGUUUGAAAACAAGCGAAGUCUCUUUGUGAUGGCUCUGGAGCCAAUACCAAAGCUCUAGAUCUUGAGCCUCGUGUCUCUUGUGACAUAUUUUUUUCUAGCCUGGCUCUAUUAAAGAUGAAAAUCUUAA